AUGACACUGAAGAUGAGGAUACCGUCUUUACUCAUGACUUCAUUGUCUUCUUCCUCAACGCCGUCCAUCCUCCACCAGAACCUGACGAUCAACUCCUCUGAACUACCCGGUCCCUGGCUGAGCACCACCACAGGGCCAGGUGUAAGAUAUUUAGGGUUAGGCAUGUCCUGUUUCACUAUGAUAUUUGGCACCAUCUCCAACCUCACCGCUCUGGGAAUAUUGGCCAAAUCUCGUGCCCGAUUCCGCCGCCAAUCCAAAGCAUCAUUUCUACUCCUAACAGUGGCUUUGCUGUUAGCUGACCUUGUAGGUCAUGUGAUCCCUGGUGCCUUUGCCUUGUAUCUGCACAUGAAUCACAGAAAUGAAAUGCAGAUUGUGAAACCCGCCACGGCAUUCUGCCAGAUCUUUGGGGCAAGUAUGGUGUUUUUUGGCUUGUCCCCCUUGCUGUUGGGUUGUGCCAUGGCGAUAGAGCGAUGCAUGGCCAUCACCCAGCCCUUUUUCCACACUGCAAUGAUCACAGUGUCUCAUGUGCGAGGAGUUGUGCUAUUUCUGUCCUCUCUUGCACUAAUACUGGCAGCUCUACCCUUUUGUGCUAUAGGAACAUACACUACCCAGUAUCCUGGCACAUGGUGUUUCUUGCGUAUCCAUGGUCCAUGGUCUACAGCCGACACCUUUCUGGCUUUGACUUUCUCAUGUCUGGGCCUAACUGCACUCACUCUUUCCCUCCUCUGCAACAUCGUGAGUGGGCUGACAUUGCUGCGGGCCAGAAUAAAGUCCCAGAAUGUUAAUACAAAUUCAGCAGCUCGCUGCACCCAUCGAUCUUCAUCAGCAUCAUCUUCCUCCUUGUUUUUUUCACUGGAUGUGGAGAUGAUGGCGCAAUUGGCGGUAAUUACUGUGGUUUCCUGUGUUUGCUGGAGUCCCUUCCUUAUCCGCAUUCUUCUGAUGCAGUUAAACAAAAGCCCCGGUGAGCCAGACAAGGCCAUUCUUGUGGGUUUACGUUUGGCCUCCUGGAAUCAGAUCCUCGACCCAUGGGUUUACAUCUUACUGAGGAGAACAGCACUUUAUAGGGUUUGCUUUGCUGUCAACAGACAGAGAUUCACAUAG